UCGGGCCGGGGCGCGCGGUGCCCUAGCUCCUGGCCGCGCCCGCCGCCGCGCAGCAGGGAUCCCUGGUCCCCUCCCUGGUCCUGUGCUUCCUGGAUGGAACAAGAAGAUAAGCAGGGCGUGUGCGGAGCCCAAGACUCAGAAGACAACGGGAUGGGCUCUGAUUUUGAGAACUCUGAAGACGGGGAAGGGGACUCGGAAGAAAGAGGAAUGGGCUCCAACCCACAUGACGCAGCCAAGACAGAAGGCCGCCCAGAGCAGGAGAUGGGCUCCAACCCACAGGAGGGAGCUCUAAGAGGGCACUCGGAGGAGAAGGAACUAGCGCCUGACAUCUGCACAGCGGGGCUGCUGAGUGAGGAAGAAGGGGUUGCUCUCCGGAAGGAAGAAGAUGACCCUUCUGGAGUAGCUGAGAUGGCGAUGUUCCCGGGACUGUCUGAAUCAGACAGCAUUUCCCGGAGCUUCCGGGAAGAGGAGGAGGAGGAGGAGAGUGCAGGGGAGAACCGGCUGGAGGACGAAGAGGAGCAGCCGACCCCUCCCGUGCUUCCCUGGAGGCGGCACCUCUCCCUGGGGAGUCGGCACCGGGGCGACAAGCCUGCCCACCGUCGCUUCCGCAGGCUCCACCACCCCAUGGCCGUGGACCUCGGAGAGCUCGACAGCCUGAUGGCCAGCAUCAUGGACGCGCCCACCAUCUGCCCCGACUGCGGGGAGAGCUUCAGCCCCGGCGCCGCCUUCCUGCAGCACCAGCGCAUUCACCGCCUGGCGGAGGCCGCCGCGGCCGCCAGCCUGGAACCUUUCGGCUUUGCGGGCGAGUGCGGCGCGGUGGUGGGGAUGAUGGGCGUGGGCGUGGCCGGGGGCUUCGGGGCGGGGCCCGCGCUGGCCCGGCCCCCCCGCGAGAAGCCCUUCCGCUGCGGGGAGUGUGGCAAGGGCUUCAGCCGCAACACCUACCUGACCAACCACCUGCGGCUGCACACGGGCGAGCGGCCCAACCUCUGCGCCGACUGCGGCAAGAGCUUCAGCUGGCGCGCCGACCUGCUCAAGCACCGGCGCCUGCACACGGGCGAGAAGCCCUACCCGUGCCCCGAGUGCGGCGAGGCCUUCAGCCUCAGCUCGCACCUGCUGAGCCACCGACGCGCGCACGCGGCGGCCAGCGGCGCGGGGCCGGCGGCGCUUCGGCCCUUCGCCUGCGGCGAGUGCGGCAAGGGCUUCGUGCGCCGUUCGCACCUGGCCAACCACCAGCGCAUCCACACGGGCGAGAAGCCGCACGGCUGUGGCGAGUGCGGCAAGCGCUUCAGCUGGCGCUCGGACCUGGUGAAGCAUCAGCGCGUGCACACGGGCGAGAAGCCGUACAUGUGCUCCGAGUGCGGGGAGACCUUCAGCGUCAGCUCGCACCUCUUCACGCACAAGCGCACGCACUCGGGCGAGCGGCCUUACGUGUGCCGCGAAUGCGGCAAGGGCUUCGGGCGCAACUCGCACCUGGUGAACCACCUGCGCGUACACACGGGCGAGAAGCCCUUCCGCUGCGGCCAGUGCGAGAAGCGCUUCAGCGACUUCUCCACGCUCACGCAGCACCAGCGCACGCACACGGGUGAGAAGCCCUACACCUGCAUCGAGUGUGGCAAGAGCUUCAUCCAGAGCUCGCACCUGAUCCGCCACCGCCGCAUCCACACCGGCAACAAGCCGCACAAGUGCGCGGGCUGUGGCAAGGGCUUCCGCUACAAAACGCACCUCGCGCAGCACCAGAAGCUGCACCUGUGCUAGGGCUGCGCCCCUGGGGAGGCUGCCUCUGGGGAGUACGUGGGUACUAGAUGUCCUGGGACAGACCCUGUAGAAAAAGAUGGGGAAGGGGAGGGAGGGACAAUCUGAGAAUGACUGGGGAGCUUUUAAGGGUUAGGGCCCGGAAGGGGAGGGCUGCGUAAGGGUUGUUCUUUUUGGAGUGCUGUAUUUUACCUGCUUCCCCCAGACGAAGAAAAGUUUGGAAGAUGUGCCUGAGCGUGGUGACGUCAUCAAAUAAAUACCCUAUGUAGGGGGUGCAGGGCGAGGAGGAGCAGGUGCCUGAGGAUCUUGAGGAAGGGGAGUUAGCGGGGAGGGGGAGGGUACGGGGUGGUUGACAAUAGAGUAGGUUGGGCUGUAAUGGCCCAUGGGAAGCGGGGAGAGCGUGUGGUUGGUGUGAGGUUUAUGGGGUAAAAUAAAAGGGGGGCAUGAGUAAUCCUAUCCUGGUUUCACCAGGUAUUAAGCCACUGUUUGCCCUGUCUCUCCACAUCAGCUAGAGUCCCAGGAAGUGGAGGAACUUGGUUAGUCCUGUAGGAGUGGAUAUUUUGUGUACCCUUCCCUUCCUUUCUCUGAGCCACAGUGAGCUGCUAUUUUGAGGCAUCCAGGGGAAACUGGGCAGAAAAGCUACACACCCUCACUUCAAGGGUGGAAUCUCUGAGAUAGAAGUUCAUUCAGAGCUGGUUUUCCGAUCUGGGAAAUCAUGGUCCUACUCCUGGUUCUUUACUACUUCCUUUAACAUGGUCAUGCUUCACGCUGGGUCAGGGUGGUCUCUGUGGAUGACCAGGCCUCUGCCCCUGGUGUCAGGUGUGUUCCAGGCCCAGCAUGUCUUUCGGAUCUCACCUGUGAUCUCUUAAGUGCUGGGAACUGGAACAAUCCCAGCUAUGUGUGACUUUUCCCUUCUCAGAUCAGCUUGAUGCUUGUUUCGGGUGAACCUCAGGCCAUCAACAGUUGCUCUGGUGACCUGCUACAAAAGUCAACUAGCUCAGAACUUUGCAGGUCCUGUGUGAGAAAUCAGGGAAGCAAAUGUUCCCAUGCCGGGGUGCAAGGCUUCUUCCUCUCACUUGCCUUCGCUUCGUAUCUGUGUACCCCUCCCCCUCUGCAGUAAGGGGGGCGAUAGUCCAACCCCCACCUCCAUGCGUAUUGAUAUGGGCUCUGGUCUAAGUAGAAAUGUCUAUUUCCUACACAGUGAGGCACAGUUGAAGCUCAAGACUUUAUACAAGGAGGGCGCAGGCAGGGAGAGGUAUCGAUGUAUAGUUGCCAAAUAGCACAAGCAAUGAAUGUUUUCUGGUGGUUAUAUAGAUGCCAAAAUAGCACUUUUGUCUUUGUAAAGUGCUUUAUGCUUUUUGAUGAUUGUUAGUUGUUUCUCAUGUCUUUGUGAGGUAGAACAGUAUUAAGUCCCCUGUCUUAGGGAAGACAUGGGGACAGGAGUGCGACAGACGUUUCUCUCUUUAGAGGCCAAUGACCGUGUGGAUAGGUGUGGUCUGACCUUUUGUGCUCUCCAACGCAGCUGCUAGGAAGACUUACCCUGUCGUGAUUUAUAUAAUAAGGACACUGAAAAUUCUUACACUUGGCGGACAACGUUAAGGCUAGCCUAGUAGGGCCAAAGAUGUCCUUGUUGACAAAGCUGGUCUUUGUCAUGUAAUUAGAGUGUCCUAGAUAUGUCCCAUUUCUAGUCGGGGCUAUAGUUAGAUGACUCUUGUAUAGACUUCAGUUACCCAUGCUGAAAAUCCCUUCCGUAGGUUAGCCUUUAGAAGGUAGAAUUGUGGAAAGCAGUUUUGUUUUCCUUACUAGCGACUGUUCCCCUAUGUUUUUCAUGGAAGAAUCUUCACGAACUGUUGGACAUGCUUCAAGGAGGAAAAAAACCCCACAAGGUUGUUUUUACAGUUUUCUGGAGUUUUUAUGGAUACUGGAAAUGUAUACUUGAUCCGUUGUGUUCUAGCAAAGAACCUUUUUGGGGGACUGUAGGAAAGCAUGUUUUUGCCAUUAUGAAAACACUUUAAAAAAAAAAAUCUUGAGACUUCUGGGCUUGUGUAAAGCCUGUUGAUCUUGCCCUCCUAAUCAGUUUCUUGUUAUUUGCAAAUGCAAAUAGAUUUUCAAAAUAUAGAUAGUUUUGGGAGAGACUAAUUCCUUUUGAUUUUAGUCGAGAGUAAUCUGAGCAAAGCAAGUGUCCAUUAUUAAUUCUGACUCCUGUGAUCUGAAUACUAAGUAUAUAAGACUCACAUGAAAAUAACAUAGCUCAUUGGUAGGUAAUCAUUCCUUUGCAUGUGUGUUGUUUUUUUUUUGUUUUUUUUUUUUUCAUGCACAUCUACCUCUUCCAGCUGUUUUGAGUUCUCUUAAGUCUGUGCCUAUGAAAUCUCAUCCAACUUUUGAUUAUUCAUGAAUUGAUGAUCCACUGAAUGGGUCACUCAGUCUUUUGCUGACAUUUUCAUCCUGGUACACAGUCUCGUCUGCAUCCACUGUGUUCCCCAGCAGUAGCUUUUGAGAAUGGGUUCGGUGGGGAGAGGAGACUGAAGCUAGGGUAAAGUAAUUUACUGGCAGUGGGAAUCUUUGAGUUUCAUUGACCUCCUCUGUUCUUUCUGUUACCAUAGAGAAGAAAGCCAGCUACUCCUUCAGUGUCCCUUCUGUGAGUACCUCCCUUAGCAGAAGAAAACAACCCAACCAGCAACACCCCACUCUCAUGGUGCAUCUGAAAUGUGAUUCCAUUGUUCUUAUAACUCUUCAGGGAACAUAUCCACAUUAAGUGAGGUGAAAUGCAUUCAGGAGUCUCUUUCUUGUAUUUAAAAAAAUUGCUUUUUUUUUUUUUUGCUUUUUAGAGCCACACCCAUGGAAAUGGAAGUCCCCAGGCUAGGGGUUGAAUCCAAGCUGCAGCUGCCAGCCUACACCACAGCCAUGGCAAUGCCAGAUCCGAGCCUUGUCUGCAACUUCCACCACAGCUCAUGGCAACGCCGGAUCCUUAACCCACUGAGCAAGGCCAGGGAUCAAACCCGCGUCCUCAUGGGUGCUAGUUGGGUUUGUUACCGCUGAGUCACGAUGGGAACUCUGAAAAGUAGCAUUUCUAAAGCAAACCCUGAUAACUGUGGUUCACCCUUAAAAAUGUUCAUCUGAAGGCUCCUUCCACCAGCUCACGAAUGUUGGUGGGGCAAGGGUAUCAUCUGUUUCCUGGGAAGUUCAGUCAAGUGCAGGCUGCAUGUUACUGAGCAAAACCUGGAGCAGUUUUAAAUAGGUUAAAAACACUGAGCUCUGAGUUGGAAGGAGAAGAGGAGACGGUAACCCCUUGAGCCAUGUGGCCUCUUCCAGGUCAGGAGGCUGUACAUAUGUGAAAAGUUCAAAUUAAGAACCUGUGUUCACAGACAAUCUGAACUGUGCUUCUGAAGUUUGUGCACAUUUUCUUUCACUGUAAUGUUAUUUUACAGCUGUUUGUUAUGAUAAUGAAUAAUUUAAUAAUGCUAAAAGUACCAGGUUUGGCGUGAGUGUGUGCUUGUGUAUGUGAGAAUUGCCUUAUUUUCAGGUUGUUUUAUUUAAUGAUGGUUCCUUGGACAGCAUUCUGGUGUUCAAUCCCCAAUGCGGAAUAUAUGUCAUUAAAUCCGUAUCAGUCUUUUA